ACCAUAUCUUUGAGGAUGAUUCUAAGAUUAGGGAGAGAGUGCAGUUCAAGGCGUUUUCGGGUGUGUAGGAAGGUGAUGUCUCACGUAUGUUAGAGGAUGGAUCCUUCCAGUGCAUCAAUGCCAUAUAUUUCUGCGAGGAAGUCAUACAGACAGGGGGGGUGGCUCGCUGGAUCCUGCGAGGAGGAAGAAGAACCUGAGGAGGAAUAAGAGGAGGGUGCGGUGCAGUGUGUCUGUGUGUGCGCGCGCGUGCGAGAGAGAGAGAGAGAGAGAGAGAGAGAGAUCCUCCCGCAAAGGCUGGUCUGAAGGAUCGGAGGGGGGGGGGAGUGGAGCGACGAUUUGGGCGAUAACAACUGAGGAGAAAAGAUUCGAUCAAACAGCUCUUUGGAUCCCACCUCACCCGCCUACGUACGCUCCACCCCUCAGACAAUGCAAUCUUAGCCGGUUUUAGCGAGAUCUUGAGCUCCACACAUAGAUCUCCUGCCUUGUUUCUCUGCAUCAGGAUCCCCUUCCUUCUCCCCAUCUCGUUCGUCUUACAUCCUCAUCCUCCUGUGCUUCUUGUCCUUUUGUCGUUUCACGUACGUGUUCCGGAAGCCAGCAUGCCUUGGAGUGGCGGUGAUGGCGCUGGUGGCCUCAUAGUUUCUCAGCACAAGCACAGAUAAGAGAGGAGGAGGAGGAGGAGGAGCAGAGGGAAGACAAAGGAGAAGAAUGGUACUGGAUGAACAACGCAGGAGUAGCGCCGGCCGAGAUGGUUCCUGCGUCGCCGGAAUCAGAACAGUGAAGAAGCCGAAGCAAAAGAAGAUCCCGCAGCGCGGCCUCGGAGUCGCCCAGCUGGAGAAGCUCCGCCUCGAAGAGCAGCAGAAGAACGCCGCGUCUUCCUCAUCCGAUCCAUCGCAGCACCCGUACGUCCCUCUCCUAUCCAACGAAGGCGUGAUGAGACCCCGCGUCCUGCUCAAAGCCUCCGUCCCCGUCUCAGCUACAACCGCGGACCUCGUCGGUCCUGCACAGCCUCCGCCGGCGUCUGAAUCAUCGGCCAAGCACGCAGUUCUGCCACUCCUGUGGAACGCCGUCGAUCCGCACCCAACUGACGGCCACGCUGUCGCCACCAGGUUCGGGUUUCACGUCAGUUGCCGGAAGCAGCAGUCACCGGUCACAUUGGUGAACAUGGCGUCGUCGCCUGUGUCUUCUGGAGUUAAUCUUCGGAUAGAGCCCCCUUCAAACCAAAGUAAUCCCAAUAGCUCCGACUUGCCCUCGUGCUGGCGAGAGCAGGAGAGGAUCGUUGGCAUGAAGCGGCCAUGGCAAUUACAUCUCGACGGCGUCUCCACCCAGUCAUCCUACCCCUGUAAACUGCCUUCGUUCUCCAACUCAUGUCCUAAGCCAGAGGAAGUCCAAAGAGCUGGCUUUAGAGGAGGCACUUCUACUGAUGGCAGUUUUCUCAGCAUGGGUUCUCUUUCCACACCAGUCGCCAAGUCCUUCGACAACCCACCGUUCUAUCAGCAUGAUCAUUCUGAUUUAGGUUUACCUCUUAGCCAGAUAAGCUCGGGUAAUGGCUGCUCUUCUCACGGGCAACCAUUCUACAGUUUCCUACCCAUGGGUCCAAGUUGCACUGAGGCAACACCGAGCGAGAGGAGAGGAGAAGCAGCGGACGGCAUUGAUCUCAACUUGAAGCUUUAGGAACCGUUCUAGGCUUUAGCUGUCAUCUCUGCUUCUCCGACGCAAGCGAUCAUGCUCCUGUUCUAAUGAACUGCACAAAGACUGGAUGGGUUAAGGUUGUCUUGAUCGGGGAACUUGAUUUGUACUGUGAUAUGGUGAAAGAAAGAACAUGAUCAUCUCAAACUGCAGAUAGUUUAAUAUUCCUUCCACUUGGCUUCUGAAUGAUGUGCAAUAAUACAGGGUGAAAUGGUCUGGCUCAUGGCAUAUAUACGUUCAACACAUUCUCCUGAUAUGAUUUUGACAGCCACAAAACAAUCACAGGGUGGUAAAAUAUUGGUGAUGUGUGAUGUGGAAUGAGAGGUUUCAUGGUGAUGAA